ACAGUGUACAGAUAUGACAGACUUGAAUCUCCUAUUCAGCUUCCUUCCAUAAAUAUUUCGUGACUAUAUUAUUAUGUCUGUGUCACUGAAGUGUGGGGAGCACCAGAGUCUUAAGACUAUACAGUCAGAGAAGUCUACCUUACCAUGUUGUCAGUAUCAUGCUCUCUGUUGUACACAUGUAUGGGACAUUUCAGAAUGCAGUGACCUAUGAUGAUGUGCAUGUUGACUUCACUUGGGAAGAGUGGAAGUUGCUGGAUUCUUCACAAAGGAAUCUCUACAAAGAUGUGAUGCUGGAGACCUACAGGAACCUCGCUACCAUAGGAUACAGUUGGGAAGACCAUAAUAUUGAAGAAUAUUGUACAAGUUCCAGAAUUCCUGGAAGGCGCGAAAGAAGUCAUACUGGACAAAAAACCUAUGAAUGCAAUCAGUGUGGUAAAACCUUUACACAACAUGCUUAUCUUCAAAGACAUAAAAGUACACAUACUGGAGAGAAACCCUAUGAAUGUCUUCAGUGUGGUAAAGCCUUUGCAUAUCACAGUACUCUUCAAAGACAUAAAAGAACACAUACUGGAGAGAAACCUUAUGAAUGUAAUCAGUGUGGUAAAGCAUUUGCACAUCAUAGUUAUCUUCUAAUGCAUAAAAGAACACAUACUGGAGAGAAACCUUAUGAAUGUCAUCAGUGUAGUAAAGCCUUUGCAUAUCACAGUACUCUUCAAAGACAUAAAAGAACACAUACUGGAGAGAAACCUUAUGAAUGUAAUCACUGUGGUAAAGCAUUUGCACAACGUGUUAAUCUUCAAAGGCAUAAAAAAGCACAUACUGGAAGAAAACCUUAUGAAUGUAAUCAGUGUAGUAAAGCCUUCACAGGAUGCAGUUAUCUUCCAAUACUUAAAAGAACACAUAUUGGAGAGAAACCUUAUGAAUGUAACCUGUGUGGUAAAGCCUUUGUACGACAUGGUAGUCUUCAAAUACAGAAAAGAACUCAUAUGGGAGACAAACGCUAUGAAUGUAAUCAAUGUGGUAAAGCCUUUGCACGUCACAGUUUUCUUCAAAGACAUAAAAGAACACAUACUGGAGAGAAACCUUAUGAAUGUAAUCAGUGUGGUAAAGCCUUUGCAUAUCACAGUACUCUUCAAAGACAUAAAAGAACACAUACUGGAGAGAAACCUUAUGAAUGUAAUCGGUGUGGUAAAGCCUUUACACAACACAGUCAUCUUCAAAGACAUAAAAGAACACAUACUGGAGAGAAACCUUAUGAAUGUACACAUACUGGAGAGAAACCCUAUGAAUGUAAUCAAUGUGGUAAAGCCUUUGCACAUCAAAGUUUUCUUCAAGGACAUAAAAGAACACAUACUGGAGAGAAACCUUAUGAAUGUAAUCAGUGUGGUAAAACCUUUAUACGACGUGGCCAUCUUCAAAGGCAUAAAAUAACACAUACUGGAGAGAAACCCUAUGAAUGUAAUCAAUGUGGUAAAGCCUUUGCACAUCAAAGUUUUCUUCAAAGACAUAAAACAACACAUACUGGAGAGAAACCUUAUGAAUGUAAUCAGUGUGGUAAAGCCUUUAUACGACGUAGUCAUCUUCAAAGGCAUAUAAUAACACAUACUGGAGAAAAGCCCUUUGAAUGCAUUCAAUGUGGUAAAGCCUUUACACGACACAGUAGUCUUCAAAUACAUCAAAGAACACAUACUGGAGAAAAACCUUAUGAAUGUCAUCAAUGUGGUAAAGCCUUUGCAUACUUUGCAUAUCACAGAUUUCUUCAAAUACAUAGAACACAUACUGGAGAGAAACCCUAUGAACGUGAUCAAUGUGGUGAAGCCUUUGUACAUAAGAGUCAUCUUCAACUAUAGAGAAGAACACAACACAUACUGGAGAGAAACCCUAAAUAUAUAAUCAAUGUGGCAAACCCUUUACAUUUAUUAGUAGUCUUUCAAAUCAUGGUAAAAAGUAAUACUGCAAAGAAAACCUAAAACAUAGCCAUUUUUGGUAUAGUUAUGCACUUUAUAGAGGAGUAAUGAAAGACUGCAUAUGACAGUGGUCUUUGAGUAGGUGUAAAAACUACUGAGGGUUUUUUUGUUUGUUUUUGUUUUUGUUUGGUUUUGGUUUUGGUUUUUCAUGAUAGGGUUUCCCUGUUUAAUAGUUCUAGCUGUCCUGGAACUAGCUCUUGUAGAACAGGCUGGCCUCAAACUCAUAGAGAUUCACCUGCUUCUUCCUGAAUGCUGGGAUUAAAGGCAUGAGCCAGUACCACCUGGCCAGUACUGAGGCCUUAUUACUUUGAAGUAUUUGGUAAGAUCUUUAUACCAACAAUGAGAAUACCUUUCCCCUCACAGCUAUAUGUAUUCGGGAUACUUCCUUUCACAGGUGUAGGUAUAGCCUGACUUCCAAACUAAAAGCUCCUAUGUCUCCAUCCCAUCAAUCUCUGGUUGUAGUCAGAGGCUGUUUGUUCAUUUCCCGGCCUUGCAGACUCCCGAAGUAAUUACAGAAACUGUAUUAUUUAAAUCACUGCUUGACCAAUAACUUAAACAUACUGAUAGCUAGCUCUCAUAUCUUAC